AUGGUCGCAACAUAUUCCACUUCCACUUUUCCUAACCAAAUUUCUCUGAAAUUGGUCCAGAAGGAACUGAUCCAGAAGGUCUGCAGCAAAACUUCAAACCGGACGUUUUGUGUGGAGACUCUUGAGUCGGACCCAAGAAUUCCAUCAGCCUACAAUCUCCCCAGUCUAGCCAGAAUUGCUAUAGAGUUGAGCAUUGCCAAUGUGUCAGAUACCCAGGCUCUCAUCGCCAGCAAGCUGAGCGGUGAUACGACUGAUCCUGACGUGAAGCAUACACUAAAAUGGUGUGUGACUUGGUAUACUGAAGUGAUUGCACUUCUCAGAAGUGCUGUCACGGCCUUGGAGGUAGAUAUCAAGUCUGCACAUCAAAAUAUUUACACUGCAGGUGAGUAUAUGGGCUAUUGUGAAAGCAACAUGGAUUAUGGCGGGGUCCUGGAUUCAUGGAUUUUGACUGGAAACCAAUUCUCCGACUAUCUUCUUGAUAUUGCAUUUUUCUCUACAAUCGAGGGAUUAUGA